GCAAAGAAAUACAAAAUAUUAAAAUGAGUGUUUGUCGUGGAUGCUUAACGGAAGAAGCGAAUGCGUACCAUUUACUUUUCGCCAAAUUCGGUGAAAUUCCUGUGAAAGAUACGUACGAAUGUUGUACAGGUUUGGUCGUGGAUCGCGAGGACGGUUUGCCGAGGUACAUUUGUGAUGUAUGCUGCAAAGGGCUUCUGCAGUUCCAUGCACUGCGCAAACAAAUGCUUGAAUCUAACGUGUAUCUUCGAACAAACGACAAAUCACCUACAUUCGAUUGUGAGCAGCGAAGUGAAUCUUUGGAUUUACAAAUCUACAUAGGAAAUACGAAUGAUGGAACGGACAGCGAUGACUCAACGCCGGUAGAAGAAAUAGCAUCGAAUUACAAUGUUGGAGAAAGCAGUACACACGAGGAAGAUAAACAUGAAGAAUACGACGAUGAACAUCGCAUCGAGUACUUGGAGGAAGCAGAACAUUUGCUACUAGCUUCAGAUACUGUACCUGAGCAGGAUGAUAUAGAAGAUUCGAAAAUACGAUGCUGCGGCUGCCCGAGUAUACGAUUUAAAACCGAGAAGGAGUUGUCUCACCAUUCACAGGAUGUACACGCCAAAGAUCGGAUUAAUAGUAACGUACGCCCGUAUGAGUGUGGCGUUUGUUUUAAGCGCUACUCAACGAUACUGUUACUUGAGCGACAUCGCAGCAUGCCAUUUCGAGGUCGAAAUUACCAGUGCACCGAAUCUGGCUGCGAAGCCCGCUUCGUUAGUCGUAGCGCACUGUAUAACCACAAAAAAAGUAAGCACUCGGACAUACGGUCCUACUCGUGCGACUUGUGUGAUAUGACCUUCUUUACCAGCAGCACCCUAUUGUCGCAUCGUAAGAUCCACUGCGAAAAGCAGUACCAGUGCCAAACCUGCUUGAAAAUGUUUCACCGCCAGAAUGACUUGCUCUCCCACCAAGCGUUACAUCUCGACGAGCGGCCGUUCAGUUGCGAUCGCUGUGACUCAAGGUUUAAAUCCCGAAACAAUCUGCGAAGUCACCAGCGUACACAUGAGAAUGGGCCAUGGCUGGCGUGUAUGUAUUGUGAUGCCACUUUUAACACCUACAAUACUCGAAAGGUGCACCAUUUGAGCCAUAAAAAUAUUGUUCCUUUCAUGUGCGACUAUUGUGGUAAAGUUUAUAAACGGAACUUUCCAUUAAAAUUGCACAUCGAGAAAGUUCAUGGCAGGGUUUGCGACGGUACCAUGGGCAAAACUGUAGCUGAAUCUGCUUUAAGUUAUUCGGAGUAAUUUCAAACAAUUAAAUAUAAACUUUAUACUUCCAUUCCAAACAGAUUUGUGCCUUUAGUACAAAAAACUGCGACACUGCCCUUCGAGUGUCUAUUGUAGCCUCGAUUGUGGUAGUAAAGAGGUGGUUUUCACAAUAUGUACAAUCAGUCUGUCCGCGACAGCCGAGCGGUAGCGCCGGUUAGAAAAUUGGCCCAUGAGCUCCGAGGCUUAAUACCUCGAU